CUCUCUCCACGAUUUCCUACAUUUUCGCCAUUAAUACUCUGUUUAUUAGCUAUCACUUUUCUUCAUCAGUAACUCCAUGGUUGCUACACGCCGCACCUCUGAUCUUCAACCUAAACCGAAAAUCAAAACCAGAGAUAUGAAGAUGAAGACAGUAGCGAAGAAAACUCCAAAAUCGGCUAAAGGUAAAUCAACUGGAGAAGCUUCAGUUCGCCGUUCUCCUAUUUCUUUGAAUAAGAGACAUGCAGAGCACUUAUCCGGUUUAUCAAAGAAGCAAAAAGGAGUUUGCAUCAAUGAACCUAAGGAAUCUGCUCCUAAGCUUUGGCAGUUCAAACUAAACCCAGCAGCUCGUGUUCAUUCUAAGAUCGAUACAUGUAUGUCGUAUGAUGUGAUUACUGAAAUUAAGUCUACUCUCAGUCCUGGUGAAUUGGAACUCUUCAAGAAGUCUUGCUUAGGAUAUAUUAUAGACAUUCCUAAGAUUAAACUGCAGAACCAAAUUGUUCACUGUCUUUUAAUGAGGGAGGUCGAGCAGUUGAACAAAUCUGAGAUGUGGUUUCAUGUAGGUGGUCAUAGGCUGAAGUUUGGCAUCGAGGAGUUCGCGUUAGUGUCUGGUUUAAAUUGCCAAGGAACUAGUAAUAAGUACAGUUAUCCAAAAGUUUUAAACGGCCUUUAUGAUAAGUAUUUCAGCGGGUGUCAAUCGGUUUCGAAGCAAACACUCAGGGAUAUGUUUUUGUCUAGACGUUGGGAGUCGGAGGAGGAUGGUUUUAAGCUUGCAUUUAUGCAUUUGUUGCAAAAAAAUUUGCUGGCUUCACCAAAUACUACUCGUAUUUCUUUGAAGGAUUUUGACGUAGUUGAUUCUGACGACAUCAAUGACUAUCCGUGGGGUAUUGACGUCUUCAAGUAUACCUUUGAUUGUUUUACAACAAAGUCCGUUCUUAGUCCGGGCAGUUUCAAGCAAGAUAUAAAUAGGUACGACUAUCGCCUGCAAGGUUUUCCCUAUGUACUCCAAUGUUGGUUUUACGAGUGCUGCUCAAAAGCGAAAAUUACCUUUGCUCAGUUGGUGAAUGAAACUGCUAUUCCCCUUGACAGAGAGUUAUUUGCUGAAGUGUCAUCUGAUGAGGUAAGUUUCCGGUCUAUUGUUCCAACACCGGCUGAAAGGAACGCGCUUAAUUUAGGUGACUUUUUCAGAAAAAAUAAAGGUAAAGGUAAGGCUGGAUUGGAUGUUAGUGAAGAAGUUGGAAAUCAGGAUGGCUAUUUUCCGGCAAUUGAUUUAUCGAAAGAAUCUGAAAAAACAUCAAACAUUUUGAACUUAAGUGUUAUGGAAGAGAAGUUAGAAUUUCUUAUGGCUGGUCAGAAGACAAUGCAGGCUGAUAUUUUGGAAUUUAAGCAUCUGUUCACUUUGAAAUUUUCCGAAGUCUUGAAGGUUGUGAAUUCGUUGAAUUCAAAUAUUAAGCGUACAAGUGACUCAAAAAAGGUUCAUUCAGAGUUAGGUGCCUCAUCUUCGCCUAUUGGCAAUAAAAAUGAUGACGAUAAGUCGUACUCUUGUGGAAAACCUGCUGAACAUGAACAUCAUGUUGAUUCAGAAUAUACUGCUUCUGCUGAAUUAGAACCAGUUUUAAAGGUUAGAAGAUCACAAAAAGCAGCAUCUAGCGCGCACACAGCAAGUGUUGUGAAGGAAGAAAGUGUUGAUCUUCCUGCUGAGGAGAGUUCAAAGAAGGGUAGUUUUAAUGGUAGUUUUAUGGGAUCCGGAAUAGGAGUUGAAGAUUCUGUUGAUUGUCAAAAGGUAACUCCUGAGAAAGAUAUUGCGGAUAAGUCUGCUUCGAAGCACGAAAGUGAUGAGGGUGGGUCUUCUGAUGAAGAACAAGGUGAUGAAAAACUGGAAGAUAUGGAUAAAGAAAUGGAAGAUGUGGUUGGGGAGAAAAUGAAUGUUAUGGAAUCUGAACAUGUUCAUAAUUUGGUUGAGGAGAAAAUUGAUGUUAUUGAAUCUGGCUUUGAUAAGGAACUUCCAAAAGUUAGUAAUAUGGAAGCUGCCGGUUGCUCCAAUGAUAUGGGAAUUAGUGGUGGAAAUUUUGCUGUCCCGUCGGUUGUUGAGGUUCCGCGCCAACCUCAGUUUUUGCCAGUAUCUCCUACGUUUGAUUUAUCAGAAGAGUGA